AUGUGGUCAAGUACAAUGAUAGCAACCCCACAAUCGCAGGGCCACGGUAGACCAACUUUGCACUACACCGCAACAAUGAGCAACGCCGCCGCGGGUAGAGAUCAUUCUCUUCCCGGCGGCCUCAAGUGCAGCAGCGACAGCCAAAAGUCGUCGCCAAAGUCGUUGUUUUUCCCUUCGCCGACGACGGCAGGCCAAGCUGCUGCUGCUGCUGCUGCCGCCGCGGACAGUCAGCGGAAAGUGCUGCUCUUCUUCAUUCCUGGCAACCCGGGCCUGGUCGAGUACUAUGGUCCGUUCCUUUCGCAUCUGCGCCGGCUGCUGAACGAAUCAGGGUCGGCGGCCGUCGCGGUCGACCUCUACGGGACCAGCCUGUCCGGCUUCGACGACGCGGACCACGAAGCACCGUUCCGCAUGCCGGGGAACCCGCCCAGGGACGUCGCGGACCAGAUCCAGUUUGUGGAGGACCGGCUGGCCAAGGUGUGCGCGGCGGCGGUGGCGACGAGGCCGUACGACGCCGUGGUGGUCAUGGGCCACUCGGUCGGGGCCUACAUUGCGUGCGAGGUGGUGCAUCGAGGAAAGCAGCGGCGGCAGCAGCAGCCGGCGCUAAACACCAACGGGGCGGCUCGCACCGGCGUCAACGGCAGCUUCCGCGCGGGCAUCCUCCUCUUCCCGACCAUCGCGCACAUCGCGCUCUCGCCCUCGGGCAGGCGGCUGGACCGGAUCCGCAGGGUCGGGCUCCUCGACGCGUACGCGCACGUCGCGGCGGCGCUGCUCCUGUCGGUGCUCCCGCUCGCGCUGCUGCGCUUCGUCCUGCGCACCGUCUGGAAGAUGCCGCCGCACGCGGUCGACACGACGACGGCGUGGCUCGGCAGCCGCGACGGCGUCUGGCAGGCGCUGCAUAUGGGCAAGGACGAGAUGCGCGUCAUUGGCGAGGACCGCUGGGGUGACGACUUUUGGGAAGAGGUCGGCGGUGGCGAUGCUGCUGCUGCUGCUGCUGCUGCCAAGCCGGGAGACGCGGGCACCAGGUUCUUCUUGCUCUAUGGCAAGAACGAUCACUGGGUUGCCGAAGAUGUCAGGGAUGCGUUCCUGGCCAAGAGGGAGGCGAGAAAGGGACUGCGGACCAAGGUUGCGGUCGACGACACGGGUGUGCUGCCGCAUGACUUUUGCAUAAACUACAGUGAACCGGUCGCUGAGAAGGUCAUGGUCUGGCUCGCCGAGGCUCUCGAGGACCUGUAG